UAAAUUGAUACUCCUAAAAUUAAGAGCAGAGUUUCUUCUUCUUCUUCUUCUUCUUCUUCUUCGAAAUAGAGAGAGAAAAAAAUGGAGGUAGGGUUCUUGGGGUUAGGGAUAAUGGGAAAGGCCAUGUCCAUGAAUUUACUUAAAAAUGGCUUCAAGGUCACUGUCUGGAACAGGACGCUCUCCAAGUGUAAUGAACUGGUGGAGUUUGGUGCAUCAAUUGGAGAAACCCCUGCACAAGUAGUCAAGAAAUGCAGGCUUACUAUUGCUAUGUUGUCGGAUCCUGCCGCGGCUCUUUCGGUGGUUUUUGAUAAAGAUGGUGUACUUGAGCAAAUUGACAGCGGAAAAGGUUAUAUUGACAUGUCCACGGUUGAUCCAGAAACAUCUUCCAAGAUCAGCCAGGCAAUUACAUCAAAGGGCGGUGCCUUCCUUGAGGCUCCUGUGUCAGGUAGCAAGCAGCCUGCAGAAACUGGUCAACUUGUAAUCCUUGCUGCUGGGGAUAAGGGGUUGUAUGAGGAAUCAAUUCCAGCUUUUGAUGUUUUGGGGAAGAAGUCUUUCUUCUUGGGGCAAGUCGGAAAUGGAGCAAAAAUGAAACUUGUGGUCAACAUGAUAAUGGGCAGUAUGAUGAAUGCAUUUUCAGAGGGACUGGUGCUGUCAGAAAGGAGUGGACUCAACCCACAUGAUCUUCUUGAUAUCUUGGAUCUUGGUGGAAUAGCUAAUCCAAUGUUCAGGGGAAAAGGACCAGCUAUGCUCAAGAGUAAUCACUCCCCUGCAUUUCCUCUGAAACAUCAGCAAAAGGACAUGCGGUUGGCUCUAGCUCUUGGGGAUGAAAAUGCUGUGUCAAUGCCAGUAGCAGCGGCAGCAAAUGAGUCUUUCAAGAAGGCCAGAAGCAUGGGAUUGGGGGACCUAGACUUUUCAGCUGUGCAUGAGAUUCUGAAGAUGACCAAGGAUUAAUCACUCCUUGAUAGUUCACAUGACAUUGAUUCAAAACACAAUGCGCAGCUCGGACUUGGUUUGCAGCCCUGGAAGUUGUAGCCUAGUUCAUCAAUCACAAGCUAGAUGAUGAAGCUCCUUUAAUGAAUGAAUUGUUGACUUCAAUUUUUGUUCUGUUUUUUUUUUUUUCAUUUCUUUCACCAGAACUCUUUGGCCGUGAAAAUAAACAUAAUUUGCUUGGCAGGAUAAACAGCAAACUUUCUACUUGAACA